UGAACCUAUAUUUGGCAGAAUUUCACUCCGAUCAAAACGCUCCAAAAAAUCUUCCUUCCACACGAAGGAAAUCAAGAAUCGACAAACAAACCUCGGGAUCAUCAAAACGUAAAAUUUCUGAUUUUCUGUAGGGUUUUAGUGUAUGUGAAAAAAAAAUUAAUACUCUCAAUGGAGGACUAUAUCUAUGUGAGCAGCGAUGGUGAUGAAUGGGAGAAUCAACAGUACAAUAAUGACGAUGAAGAUGGUGAAUUUGUUGAUGGGUUUAUGGAAAUUGAACAAGAGAGAAAUGGAAUCUGCGAAAAGGGUUCUUCAUGCAAGGUAAUCAGGAAAGAGUCCCUUUUAGCUGCACAGAAAGAAGACUUGCAAAGAGUGAUGGACUUGCUAUCUCUGAAGGAACAUCAUGCACGAAGCUUGCUUAUUCAUUACCGAUGGGAAGUUGAAAAGGUCUUUGCGGUUCUUGUUGAGAGAGGGAGAGAAAAGUUAUAUGCUGAAGCGGGUGUGACACUGGAAGGGAAAGAUGAACAUACUUCCACUCUGUCGACAACUGAAGUGACAUGUCAAAUUUGCUUCGAAGAUGCCUCUGUUGAGAAGACUACUGUAAUGGACUGCAACCAUAUAUUUUGCAAUGACUGUUGGACAACUCAUUUCAUUGUAAAAAUAAAUGAGGGUCAGAGUAAACGAGUAACUUGCAUGGCCCAAAAGUGCAAUGUGAUCUGUGAUGAAGGAAAGAUUAGGGAUCUCGUCACUGCAAAAGAUCCUACUUUGGCAGAGAAAUUUGAUCGUUUUCUGUUAGAGUCAUAUAUUGAUGAUAACAAGAGGGUUAAAUGGUGCCCUAGUGUUCCUCAUUGUGGAAAUGCAAUUCGUAUUGAGGAUGAUGAAUACUGCUGUGAGGUUGAAUGUGCAUGCGGUGUACAGUUCUGUUUUAAUUGUUUAUCAGAAGCACACUCACCUUGUUCAUGUCUGAUGUGGGAACUUUGGAUGAGAAAGUGCAAGAACGAUGGGAAGACGGUAAUGUGGAUAAGUGAAAAUGCCAAACAUUGCCCAAAAUGUCAUAAUGCUGUGGAGAAGAAUGGGGGAUGCAACCUUGUAAGAUGUAGAUGUGGACAGCCGUUUUGUUGGUUGUGUGGUGGAGCUACUGGCUUAGAACACACAUGGAGUAGCAUUCGAGGUCACACUUGUGGCAGUUAUAAGGAAGGGGAAAAGGAAAGGACUACGACUGCCAGAAAUGAUCUCUUGCGCUAUACUCAUUAUUACGAGCGCUAUAUGGUUCAUAGUGAUUCAUUGAAGGCUGAAGCAAAUAUGAAGCAAAAACUACAUUUUGAAGUGUUGAAACUUGAAGCAGGGGAAUUGCAAUCAAAGGACUUCAGCUGGGCAGAAAAUGGAUUUAAUAGACUCCUUCAAUCAAGGCGAAUUCUCUCCUGUUCCUAUCCAGUUUCAUUUUGCUUGUUUGGUCAGGCGCUGUUCAAGAACGAAAUGACAUCAAAAGAAAGGGAAAUAAAGCAGAACCUUUUUGAGAAUCUGCAGCAGCAACUUGAAAUAAAUGUUGAGAGACUUUCCAUGUUCCUGGAAGAACCAUUUGCCAACUACCCCGAAGAUAAGCUUUUGGAGACUAGAUUGAAGAUCAUCACACUCUCUGUACUAAUAGACAACCUUUGCAAAAAGUUGUACGAUUGCAUUGACAACGAAUUACUGCUUCCUCUACAGCGGGCGACUUAUACCAUAGCUCAUUAUAGUCCUGAGGGAGUGGCUAAAGCAUCAGAACUUCCUCAUUGAUGUUCCACCAACACUUGAUAUGUGAGUACUCUCAAUCAGAGGCAGGAAAACGAUGCGCGUUGCUUUGCUAGAGCGUUCAAAGUACUACUGCAUCCAAUAUUCUUUUGUUGACACUUGAUAUGAAUUUAGUCUAGAUUCUUAACUACAUAUAGUUCGAGUUGAAGACAAUGUGUGCACAUUGGUUUUCGUUUGUCCACAUAUACUAAUAACUGACUGAAGAAUGAUGUGACAAAAUGGUCCAAACUUGAUAACACCAUGCAGAGCAUUGAACAAUUUAGAAAAUUUUAGCAUUUGGAUUUGGUUCA